AUGUCAUUUCCAUUUCUGCAAAAACUUAAGGAUAAACGUAUUGUUCUCGCAUCAGGGUCACCACGCAGAAAAGAAAUUCUUUCAAAUAUGGGAUUAAAUUUUGACGUUGUGCCAAGCAAAUUUCCUGAAACUUUGGAUAAAUCAAAAUAUUCGCCUUUAGACUAUGUUGUAACUAACGCGACAGAAAAAGGAUUAGAAGUAUAUAAACGUUUACUAGAGGAAGGCCAAAAAGUAGAUCUAGUAAUUGCAGCAGAUACCGUAGUUGUUUUUGGUGGAGAAAUAUUAGAAAAACCAAAAGAUAAAAAAGAUGCACUAAAUAUGCUUCGAAAAUUAAAUCGAAAUUCGCAUUGUGUUUACACUGGAAUAGCGUUAGUUUACCCUAAGGGUGAAUCUGAUUAUGCAAUUUCAACAUCAACUGAGAACACCGAAGUUGUAUUUAGAAAUAAUAGUGAUGAAGAUUUUUUGGCUUAUAUUGAUACCGGAGAACCUCUGGAUAAAGCUGGAUCAUACGGAAUUCAAGCAUUUGGCAGCUUAUUUAUUGAAAAGAUUAAUGGGUGA